GAGAGACGAAUAGUGGUAUCAAUAAAUCAUUCUCGUCCAACGGUGUUCCCGGGAGAUUUCUGAUGGAUUAAAUUAAGCACUUCCAUCUCCGUCUCCCACCUGAUCGCAGCGCGUAUAAAUCCCAGCAUCUGAUCAACAGAGCACAGACAUCAAACCGAGAGAAGGGAGCGGACACCUCUCUCUCACUUCACAGCUCCUCCGGAAACGCUCUCACAUAUACACGUGCCCAUAUUUGGAGUGCGACGGCAUCAGGUCCGAGCGCACUGUUUCUAUCGGGAGCUGUCCAGUGCUGAAGUUGCAUUUCGCAUGUGCGCACGGGCUCAAAGGGUUUAACAGCAACGGAGCUUCUGCGUCUUUUCCCGCUCAGGUUUUUUUGACUUUCAGCCCGACUGGAGCACAGAGCUGCGGUGGAUGAAGAGAGGAUAACGUGCCAGACGGGUAUUUCUGCGUUGCGCUCCAAACAUGCCAAGGUCUUUUUUGGUGAAAAAGGUGAAGCUUGAUGAUUUCUCAUCCACUGAACUUGAGAGCGCGUACGGCAGGUCCAGGACCGAUCUGAGCUUUCGGAUACACGACAAAGGGUACAUCAGCGACUACAUCACCCCAGUCGUUUAUGAUGGAGAAAGUGAUGGUGGUAUUAAAGUACCUUCUCCAGGACCAAUUUAUGACAGCAACCAUAGUGACUAUGGGGCACCUGACUCGGACCAGCCUGACAGUCCACAGUCAGAGAUCACAUCCGGCUACAUUAACGGUGACAAUGCAGUGAGCGAAGGUUACACCGUAGAUGCUUUCUACAUCACGGAUGGCAGGUCACGUAGGAAAGUGAUCAGCAGCUCGCGGACCCUCCAGCGGCACUCGUGCAACGAAUGUGGCAAAUCCUACGCAACGUCUUCCAAUUUGAGCAGGCACAAACAGACGCACCGGAGCCUUGACAGCAAGAUGGCCAAAAAGUGCCCGACAUGUGGGAAAGUGUACGUGUCCAUGCCAGCUAUGGCCAUGCACCUGCUUACCCAUGACCUCAAGCACAAGUGUGACAUAUGUGGCAAAGCCUUCAGCAGACCUUGGCUAUUGCAGGGUCACAUGCGGUCUCACACAGGUGAGAAGCCCUUUGGAUGUGCACACUGUGGAAAAGCGUUCGCUGACCGUUCCAACCUGCGGGCGCACAUGCAGACCCACUCGGCGUUUAAGCAUUUCAAAUGCAAGCGAUGCAACAAAACUUUCGCGCUCAAGUCCUACCUGAACAAGCAUUACGAGUCUGCGUGCUUCAAAGGCGCGUUCUCACCUCUUGCGUCUGUUGAGGCAUGACUUCCGGUCUCGAAAUGCUUGUAGACACUUUCACCCCAUCACAUUUUAGGAUGAUUACACUUACCCAUCUUUCCCAGUUAUGUCCCACAAUUUAAAUGAGAUCCAGUAAUAGCACAAUUUUAUCUAUUUUUUGACCUUAAAGGAAUAUGGAAUCUUCGCAUGCACUUCAGAACCCAUGUUCUGAAAUGACAUACAAACAGUUCAGCUUGGCGCUGUGCAGCACUUGACUAUGAGUGACGUCGAAUGAAGGUUUGAGUGACAUCAUGUUCCUCAUUAAAAUAAAACUCUUUUGUAUUGUCAAUGGAUAUUAUCAUACUGCUGCAAGUGGCCCAAACGUAUUCACAAUCGAGGUAAACAUUUUAUUUAUUUAUGUAUUUAUUUAUUUAUUUUCUGUUGUAUGGCUGUUUAAUUCAUGUCAACAAUGAUGUACAAGUUCAUAUGAUGCACUGAAAGUAUUAUUUUACAAUUCGUUUUUUUUCAUUCAAAACUUUGCUUUUUAGGUUGUUGUUGUUAACAUGCCAAAGCAUUUAUAUCCAUGGUAACAAAAAGUUUACUUUUAUUUGUAUUUUUUAUUUGUAUUUUAUUUUUUAUAAACCUACUUAAUGCAUGCAAAAAGAAAAGAAAUCUAUGCCAGUACCACAAAGCUUAUAAUUUUGCCAAAAUGUAGAGAUAGUAUCAGGGGGCAAUAUUUCUAGGGGUUCUCAUAAGAAUAUAAAAAGCAAUAAUCAUAAUGCAUGGUAUUUUUGAAAGUAAUAAAGUAUUACCUAUAGCAGUUGAUUUCUAAAUCAGGUACGUUUUGAUCCAAUACUCUUAAUAAUCACUUAAAAUACCACAUCAGGGAAAAUGCCAAUGUAGUGUUUAGUGAAUCAAAAAAACGAACAUCCAUAAAUCUCAUCUUCGUUUGCUCUCUGCUUAUGCACUGCCUGCCUCAAAUUUAAACGUAGAUUUAGGAUGUAGGCCCAAAAGUGCUGUUAUUCCACUUUAAGCUAUUCAAACCCAUUCUGGAGUGUGGAACACCCUGUCUAAAAUGUAAUGGAUUUUCUGAAGUUAACUCAAAGGGACAAGAAAGGACAAGAAUGUGUAUCUGCAUAGUUUGUGUGUAAUGCACUCACACGUUGCAUUCGCGACGGCAUUGUUUGGGUGUUCCUGAGAUUUGUACCGAAAGCACUUCAUUGUAGAAAUUCUUAAACAAGUAGCACAAAAACCUAGAUUCAGGUAGAUGUUACCUAGCUCAAUCUUCCUUUUUAUAUCUUGAAAGAGGAAUAUCUAAACUGCUCAGUUUGUGAAAUGAUCUUCAUGUAGAUACUCAUUUGAAGAGGUUAAACCUUUUUACUGUAGAUGAAUUCACAAGAAGAAAAAAUGUCCUGCGACUUUUUGAGCCAAUGUUUAAAUGAUGUAAGCACAAGACACAAGGCAUUUUAAGCACUUCAUAAUAAAGGCAAAGUAAACAAACUCAGUCUGUUGCUCAUUUGUCCCCGAUUAUUGCCGUUCCUCUGUGAAAUUAGUCUAUUAAAGGGGCCAAUUAAUCUUGGUGAAUGA